GGGCGCUGCAUCGCGCGCUCGGGGGUGGAUUGGGCACGCCUGGGAAGAUGGCGGCGGCGGAGCGAGCGGAGCAGCCGGGGCAGGCUGGCUCCUGCCCUGCCGCUGAAAACGCCGCGUCUCGGGAGCCGCUGAUUGUGACAGCAGUGAAGUUUUUACAGAAUCCACGGGUCCGCCAAAGUCCUCUUGCAACCAGAAGAGCAUUCCUGAAGAAGAAAGGCCUGACGGAUGAAGAGAUCGACCUGGCCUUCCAGCAGUCAGGGACGGGCACGGAGGAGCCCCAGUCCCCAGGUCCUGCCACACACCCCGUGCCAGCUCAGCCCCCUCCCCCUGUGGUGUAUAGUCCCCCUGGCUCCAGAUGGCGAGAUUAUGGGGCUUUGGCCAUCAUAAUGGCAGGAAUUGCCUUUGGAUUCCACCAGCUCUACAAGAAAUACCUGGUUCCUCUCAUCAUGGGAGGCAAAGAAGACAGGAAACAACUUCAGAGGAUCGAGUCAAACAUUUCUGAGAUGAGUGGCAGCGUGACACAGACAGUGACUCAGUUACAGACAACUUUAGCAGCUGUCCAGGAGCUGCUAAUCCAGCAACAACAGAAAAUCCAGGACCUCACCCAAGAGCUGGCUGCUUCUAAGGCCACAACUUCCACCAACUGGAUCCUGGAGUCACAGAAUAUUAAUGAAUUGAAAUCUGAGAUCUACUCUUUAAAAGGGCUCCUCCUGAACCGGAGGCAGUUCCCUCCCUCCCCUUCGGCUCCUAAGAUCCCAUCGUGGCAGAUCCCGGUGAAGCCGAGCUCACCCUCCAACCCCGUCGUCGCCAACCACAACAGCAGCAGUGACAUCUCCCCGGUCAGCAACGAGUCGACCACCUCGUCCCCGGUGAAGGAGAACCACAGCCCCGAGGGCUCCAAGGUCAGCUGCCACCUGCUGAGCACCGAGGAGGCCACCAAGGCCGUCAUUGAUGUCACCAGCCAGGUGAGGAUGGAGGUGCAGGGGGAGGAGGAGAAAAGGGAAACCAAAAGGAACGAAGAGGAGGAAGAGGAUGAUGAGGAUGAUGAUGUCAGCCACGUGGAUGAGGAGGAGUGUCUGGGUGUCCAGACUGAGGACCGGCGAGGAGGGGAUGGUCAGAUUAAUGAGCAAGUGGAAAAGCUACGAAGACCUGAGGGAGCCAGCAAUGAGAAUGAGAUUGACUAAGACACCCUGGCUGCUGCUGCUGCUGCUGUCCAUCCUCCCUGGCCUGCUGCACUGUCCCCGGUGCCUCUCCCGUUUUGUGGAGAGAAGUGCUACCAUCUCCUCCAGUGAUUCUCCCAUGACUGACCUAGAGCAGGGUCACGAUUGCCUGGUGAACAAGGUGGGCCCUGUUUCACCACAGGGCUUUGCAGUGUUGCAGUGGCUUCUUCUCCCCUCCCAGACCUCCUCCCGUGAGCUGGGGUCACUGCUAGGCUGGAAGACCGAUCGCCUUACCAUGCACCACAGCUACAGAAUCAGCCCUCCUGCAAAAACACCAUCUCUCCUCAGUCAGCCUCUUGCUGCAUCCUAGAGCCCUUCUAUCCAACUUCAGAAAUCUGUCCUGAGCUCCUUGAUUUCACAAGCCUUUAAUCCCCACAUAAGGCCCAAACCAGUUCUGUUUCCCAAAAUAAACCCUCUGUUUUAUUUCUCAAACUACUUGAUAUUCUGUUGCCAAAAAAAAAAAAAAAAGAGCGUUUUAACCCUGAGUUCCUCAC